UCCCAUGGGAGAUGACGAUGAUGCUGAAGAUAUUCUCAUGGCGCUGCUUACCUAUCCUUGCCCACUGUCGGGUCGCUUGAGAACAGCUGGUGCUAAGAGCCCCGAACGUCAAAUGGAGCUGUUGAAGCAGAACCUGGAGUCAAAUGCUAUUCCUGUUGCCAGCCCACUUUGGUCUCCACGUGUGCAUCUAGACAUGGAAGAGUACAUGGAAUAUUUCAAUCGUCCAGGGCAGUGUAUUGACACCAGCUCCCCAGUGUCUCCUCCGAAAAAGAUGAUGAAGCUUUCAGCCAUGCCGGCAGAAAAUCAUCGCAAGGUCAUUGGGAAUGGCCUACAUUCUGAACUUCUAGCUCAUGAGAGUGGUGACUGGAAGAAGGUCCAAAAUUUGGAUUUGUACAACCAUUGUAUGCCCAAAAACGGUUCUUCACCAACCUGUGGGAAAAUAUUGCCCCAUUGCAAGUCAAAAGUGUCGGCAUUCCGAGAAAAAAUGGAGAUUCGCCUAUGCGUUUUCAAACUUGGUGUCACAGCAAGUCCGUUGACACGAUUUCACAUGUACAAGGAACAAAAUUAUUCUUCAAUGUGGGUCCUAGCUGAGUCCUCUAGUGUGGAUCUUGUCCACAUGCUGGAAGCGGCUUUAAUUAGCGAAUACCACAAACAUGUGGGAUGCAAAAAUGCUGAGGGGAGUGGGGGUGAUGGGGCUUUAAACCGGAAACCCCCAGCUCCUCCACCCUAUUUCAUGUAUAUUGCAGGUGGCCGGGCUGACCAAGCCAGGUGGGUUGUGUGAAAGAAUCCACAUUAUCCUGCUGUUGGGAAAAAA